GACGAAAUGAUAAAUCCUGCUUUCCCUAACUUGAUAUUCGCAGUGUUCUUAUCAAUAGCCAUCGUUAUCGUUGUUGUGAAUUUACUUGCUAUCGCUGUCUUCCUGAGCAAGACGUUUCGCGUGAAGAAGUCGACCUAUCUUCUUGCCAACCUCACCGUGGCUGAUCUUCUUGUUGGGAUAACAAUUCUAUGGUUCCUGGCUUCAAAAAAUGUGAUCUCCUGGUCGCUUCAUCAUAUGGCAACCGGUGGAUCGUUAUUGGCGUUUACUUCUAUAGCCAUUGAAAGAGCUUAUGCAAUCCUGGCGCCUCUGAAACACCGCCUUCUUGGGAAGAAAUCUUACAUCAUAGCCAUUGCUCUGGUUUGGAUACUGCCAGUCAUAAACUACAGUCAAACUCUUUUUUCCGAGGAUGCAAAGAAUACUCUUGAUAUAAUUGGAAGCUCUUUCGGCAUAGCCGGCCCAUUGUUUGUGCUGUCCUGUUAUCUCGCGAUAUGGAUCAAAGUCCGGUUCUUAUCACCUGCACGCAACACAAGACAAGAUGCAAGCAACGCUAAACUUACGGUGACUCUAUCCUUAGUCACCCUCGUAUCCAUGCUAUGUUAUCUUCCUUAUUGCGUUACGAGUUGGCUUGAUAGCUUGGCAAAGAAUGUUCCCAAAAGCACAUUUUCAUAUCUGUCGAUGCUUCUUUACACAAAUUCUUUCAUCAAUUUUCUAGUUUAUGCUCUUCGAAUGCCUGAAUUCAGAAAAGAGGUUUAUAAGAUCAUCAGCAAAUGUCGCCAUGUAACAAGGACAUGCAUUGCAUCUCCCCAAGAAGAUGCUCCUUACUAUUUAAACACCGCUGCCUUCAAAGGAGAGCCUGCGUUGAUUAUGCUGAAGACGUUACCACCAGUUCAAGGGAUCAACAGCCUACCCUUUGCGGAGAAACCUCGGUGAUUCUGUUGAGUACCGUAUCACCAGGCCAAGUGAACAACGGUCUACAAUAAGCGAAGAACCCUCGUUGAUCCUAAUAAAUAUUUUUUUUACCGGCGCAAUAUAUUUUGCACAGUACUGAAGGCGAGAUUUAAGAUAGACUUUUUCAAACAACAAAAUUGGUGGCCCGCAUCUUUUCAUAAAAGAUCUAUUCAUUCAUCUUUAAAUCUUUCCCACACAAUCAACAAUGGGGAUGCUUAGCGUCUUAUCUAAUCAUCAGUAGAGUCUAUAUGAAAAUCUCUAACUGAAACAUCUUCAUCUCAUAUUCACUUAAUGAUUAUUUUCUCUGAGCUGUGAAUGUGAUAUCGGAGUACGAUAAAAAAAGAUGAUGUGAUCCACAUAGACAGUUGCCCCACACUACCCUAGACCAUGAACGUCCUCUUCCAUAUCGACAGACUGCAAGCGUCGACAGUCCGCAUGUACUUAGCUUUCUACAAGUUACGUUUCACACAAACAGCUAUCAUUUUAGAUGUUAGUUCUGAAACUGUGAGAAAAACAAGAAGGGUCUAGGGUAGUGUGGGGCUGUCUAUGCAAAAUACAUUCCAAAGAUGCCAUUUGACCAGCUGCUUUGUCCCGAUCAUCGGCAAAAAGCUUAAAUUGACAUAAAAAAAAUCAAUUUCUUGCUGGUGUUUGAGCGGAUUGCUCACAAGAACGAUUCUAAAAUAGUUUCAUCACAGCCCCGUACAGUAACAUCGCAUAACAACCAAACUCGGUAGGCGUUAUGCGUCGAGUUGGUCACGUGAUGUGUAAUGUCAUCGAUGACGUCAAUAAAAGCCAAACUAGACUGACGAGAGUAAAAAAAUAUGAAAGAAACAUUGUAUGAUAACUAAACUUGUUAUGUGUCAUGUAGAUGUCAAGAGGGUGGGGGGUGCAACAAGAUGAUUAUGUGAUCUUUAACUUGACGUCAUCAAAUACAAAAAUAUCCACAUUUCAUGAAUAAAACAUCUUCAGACAAGACUUAGAUUAGACUUAGACAAUGCCUGAUUCUAUAUAUUAUUAAUAAAACCGCUUUAAUUUGA